GGAAGAGAUUAUUAUUAUAUAAUGCAAUCGUUCGAUCAAUGAAUACGGCUUUGUUCUCGGAUAAGCAGAUAAUGGAUCUGAUGAACGACGAUAAUAAUAAUUCACAAGACGGCGAUCACCAGAAGCACCGUGCCGGUAAUUGUAGUAAUAAUGGCUUGGAGUCGAAGAAGGAAGCGAUCUUUCCUAGCUAUGAUUUCCAGCCUAUCCGCCCUAAUGCCUCCGUCGGAUUGUCUCACCACGCCUUAGAUCUCGCCGGAUCUGUUAAUCCCACGGCGGCUAGGGUUUGGGAUGUUUCUGAUCCAAAACCGGUUGCAACUUCUUCCGCAAGAAGUUAUGGUUCUAUGGACUCUCUUGAACCUUCAAAGUUGUUUGCUGAGAAGGAUCGAAAUGCCCCAGACUCAGCCAUUUUAUCUGCGAUUGAUCGCACAAUGAAGGCACAUGCUGAUAACUUGAUACAUGUUAUAGAAUGUGUCAGUGCACGUCUAACACAGCUGGAGACCAGAACCCGAAAUCUUGAGAACCUGGUGGAUGAUGUGAAAGUUUCUGUUGGGAACAGUCACGGAACCACUGAUGGGAAAUUGAGACAGCUUGAAAACAUCAUGUUAGAGGUGCAAAGCGGUGUACAGUUGUUGAAGGACAAACAAGAAAUAGUUGAAGCGCAGCUUCAGCUUUCAAAGCUCCAAUUAUCAAAGGUAAACCAGCAGCCCGAGACACACUCUUCACAUGUUGAACCCUCUGCUCAGCCACCCGCAUCACUGCCUCAGCCACCAGCUUCUGCUGCAGCUCCCCCGUCUCUUACUCAGCAGGGCCACCCACCACAACAAUUCAUCCAACCGCCUGCCUCACAGCACAGUCUCCCACCACCUACAUCACAACUGCCUCAGCUUCCUAACCAGUUCUCUCCCCAACAAGAGCCUUAUUUCCCUCCGCCUGGUCAGUCCCAGCCACCUCCAACAAACCAGCCUCCAUAUCAACCUCCUCCUCCAAUUCAGUCACUGCAUCAACCACCUUACCAGUCACCUUCUCAACAGCCACAAUACCCCCAACAGCCACCUCCACAGCUCCAACACCCUUCUGGUUACAACCCGGAGGAACCACCUUACACUCAGCAAUCUUACCCACCAAACCCACCUCGUCAACCACCUUCUCAUCCACCUACAGUUUCCGCUCCAUCUCAACAGUACUACAACGCUCCUCCAACGCCACCAUCAAUAUAUGAUGGAGCAGGAGGGAGAUCCAAUUCAGGUUUUGCUUCCGGGUACUCUCCUGAACCGUACCCGUAUACUGGGCCACCUUCCUCACAGUAUGGCAACACCUCGUCUGUAAAACCGUCACAUCAGAGUGGAAGCGGAUCUGGUGCUUACCCACAGCUCCCAAUGGCACGCCCACUACCACAAGGUUUACCAAUGGCUUCAGCCAUCAGUAGUGGUGGAAGUGGCGGCUCCGGUUCCCCAAGAUCAGGAAGCCAGGCCCCAGUUGAUGAUGUCAUCGACAAAGUGGUUACCAUGGGGUUCCCAAGAGACCAAGUGAGAGGAACAGUGAGAACAUUGACUGAGAACGGUCAAGCUGUUGACCUCAAUGUUGUUUUAGAUAAGCUGAUGAAUGGAGAUAGAGGAGCUAUGAUGCAGCAACAACCACCGAGAGGUUGGUUUGGUGGCCGUUAGCUCUUGUUGUCUCGUAAUUGUGGUUUCACUGACAUUGUAUAGUCUUAUAUCUCUCAUGUCAGAUUUCCUCGAACUUGUAUUUGGAUUACCUUUGUGAACCAUUUGCAACUUCAUUAUCUUUUUCAGUGUGUUUGGAACUUGAGGCUUCAGACAUUUUAUUUAUCUUCAUUUGUGUA